CCGUCUGGGGCGGUCGCUGAGCCGCCAACUCGUCUUGCCAGGUCAGCAACGCCGCCCGACAUUUGGCAGUCCGAACGUAAUGUCAUUCGGGAGCACACGAUGAUCUCUUACGGUCUGGGGGUAUGACAAUGUUCUGGGACUGGGUCUGUAACGCCGCGAUGGUGGCCAGAUGGUGAGCCCCGGUUCCACCUCCGGCAUGGUCCAGGAUGCCCUCAUAUCGCAUACUGUUGCUACGGCCAGGAACCCCGUCUCGUCAUCGGAGGCCUCUGAGCUUCCGACAACCCCCUUCGGUACUGGCUAGCGCUUCUCUCUUUCCCAAACUCUUAAUAAUACGGUCAGCAUGACGGGCGCGCCGGUAAAACGUUAUGCUACUUCGCACGACUGGGCCCGGCUACAGGCCAUCAUCAUGCGGUUGUACCUCGACGAAGACAAGACCCUUGACGAGGUCAAGUCGCAUAUGGAAGAACACCAUGGCUUCUUCGCUACUCUUGCGAUGUAUAAGAAGAGAUUCUCGGCGUGGAAUGCGUAUAAAAACUUGCGGUUCGACGAAGUACUUCAGAUCCUCUAUCUAAAAAAGCGCCACGACCCUGCCGGACCGCCCGUCGUAUUCUUCAUCAGAGACCGAGAGGUGAACCACGGUAGCCUUCAAGUGUACCUCUCGAGGAACCCCUCUAUAUUUGCGAAGCUCGAAGCCGGUGCAGCGCCGAAUCCCGAGGCAGUGCGCGAUGUCUCCUGCCGAUCACCUCCGUCGUCUCGGCCUUCGUUCCUCUCUAAAAGCGAUAUACGACUACUACCAUGCCCGUCGCCAGCUGUGCGAUGCACCAGGCUGCUUCCUGCUUCCGAGGACAUGUUCCGAGCGCUCCACCUUUAUUUGGAUCAAUGCUUUGAAACUCGCAUCUGGUCUUGGUCCAGUGACUCUUGUUGGAAUACCCGGGGGCGGCACGGGCCCUCGGCGCUCUUGAGUUCUUUGUUGGACAGGUCCAUUACCGCCGCUCUAUCGGUGACGCGACAGGUAGAACCCAUCAUCAUCAGUCGUGCCCUCGACACGGCUUUUGCGAUGCUGGUGAGGGUGUUUAGGAACCCUCCGCCGAACCUCGUCACAAAAUUGCUUUCGGCUGCCGCCCAUCUUGACCGAAUCGGGCGAGAGGAAAUUCGGGGCAUGCUUCUACGAUUUUGCCAAGAUCUCGCCCCAGCCCUCCUUGGCCCGAACCAUUCCCUCGCAAAAUUCUGGAGAGGCCUUAUCGAGUCCUCUCACGUCGACCUGCGGGAUGUCAUUGGUCGGGUUUUAGAUCUUUGCAAAUCUGAAUUCUCCGAACGAUUAGGACCCGGCCAUGCCUUAACUACGGAGACAUAUCUUCACUAUUUUGACGUGGUGGAGAGGCGAAAAGACCCUCGAGAGCAACUACAAAGUCUGGAGCGUUGCUUGUCUCAUGUCGGCAACGAUUUUCCUGAUCGGCCCCUCCACGCCUUACUGAGAUUGGAGAUUGCAUUGGCGACCUGCAAGUUGAAUUUGGAACAGCAACGCUUGGAUAAGGCCGAGGAAGCAUUGACAGCCUUAGAUCCAGGUUCGCUAGCAGCCAAGGACGAAUCAUUUCGCUGUGUUUGGCUUGGUUAUGUCCAAUGUGCCAGGGGCGACUACUCCUUGGCGGAAAGGUCCUACCAAGACUCGGUGAUGGCUGCGAGACGCACGGGGUCGCGAGACUGCCUGCUCGACUCCCUCUUCCAGCUCGAGGCAUUCUUUUUACAUGUCGGAAAGCACCUGGAGGCAGAGAGAAUUCGCAUGGAACGCUUCCUCGAGCUUCGUAGAUUAGGUCCUCUUAUCUGGGCCGACCAAGAGAACAUGUCGCAUUCUUUAGCCUGUACUUCCCUCCACAUGGUUAUGAUGAUACGCAUGGGAUCCAGCGAGAGCAGCGCCAGAUGGCGUCCGUCUACUUUCGCUGAGGUUACUAACUAUGCCGAUCCGUCCAAUCUGGGGGCGUGAUAGACUCGUAGGGCCCCUAAUACCUCAAGCGACCUGUUUUGGUACGUUUACGGUGAUGUGCUGUUUAUAGAUGAUCUCGUCGCUUGCCGUCAGGUCUCUUAAGAUAGGCCUUACAUGUCACUUCAUAUAAGAGCCAUUUGCAUGAGCUGACAUAAUCGGUUUCUACC